GCCCCACGAUCCACGUUAACAAAAAUUCCUUUAUAACCAGAGGCUGGGCUACCGGUGAGGGAGUCAGUGGCAGGAGAACGAGUGGGACCGCAGCACAAGAGCUCCGCAUCUGCAGCACAAGAACUCCGCAUCUGCAGCGCAAGAGCUCCGCAUCCGCAGCAAUGAUCCUCGCCAGUCUCCUCGUUUGGGGGCAGCUUUUCCUUCUCUAUGCCUCCUGCGACCCCGGGCCCCUGGAAGAUAUCGUGAUAGACCGAUACGACAUCCCCAAGAUAUGCCCCCGAGAGGCUCAGAUGGGGGAUUUUGUGAGAUAUCACUACAACGGCUCACUCAAGGAUGGUCUCAAAUUCGAUUCCAGCUAUGACAGAGGGAUUCCAGUGGCCGGAUUUGUCGGAGUGGGAAGGCUGAUCACUGGACUGGACAGGGGGAUUCUGGGCAUGUGCGUAAAUGAGAGGAGGAAACUGAUCGUGCCCCCGCACUUGGGAUAUGGCAGCAUAGGCGUGCCUGGCAUGAUUCCCGCUGAUGCCACCUUAUACUUCGACAUAAUCUUGGUCGACAUUUGGAGCAAAAACGACGAGGUACAAACUACAACCAUAGAGAAGCCCAGUGACUGCGACAGGACAGUAAAGGACUCCGACUUCGUGAGAUACCACUAUAAUGGGACACUUUUGGAUGGAACGUAUUUUGACUCCAGCUACAGUAGGUCUAGCACCUAUGACACGUACGUGGGGUCAGGUUGGCUGAUAAAAGGCAUGGACCAGGGUCUGGUUGGGAUGUGCGCUGGAGAGAGGAGGAAGAUCAUUAUUCCACCAUUCCUUGCUUAUGGAGAGAAAGGAUAUGGAACGGUCAUCCCACCACAGGCCUCUUUGGUGUUUCACGUUCUCCUGAUAGACUUUCACAACCCCAAGGAUGGGAUUACUGUGCAAAACCAAGUCAUUCCCGAGCCGUGUAAACGCAAGGCAGUGACCGGAGACUACGUCCGUUACCAUUACAACGGGACCUUGAUGGAUGGGGCGUUAUUUGAUUCCAGCUACUCCAGGAACAGUACAUAUAACACAUACAUCGGUAUGGGGUACAUUAUUUCAGGAAUGGAUGCCGGACUACAAGGCAUCUGUGUUGGAGAGAGGAGGAGAAUUAUAAUCCCCCCACACCUUGGUUAUGGGGAGACUGGUGCAGGGAACAGCAUUCCAGGUUCAGCUGUGCUGAUCUUUGAUGUACAUAUCAUUGAUUUCCACAACCCAAAGGACUCCGUGGAAAUUGAGGUUACAUACAAACCAGAGGUGUGCAACGUUACCUCCAAAAAGGGAGACUUCAUCAGGUAUCAUUACAACUGCUCCCUCUUGGACGGGACCCUGCUCUUCUCAUCGCACAACAACGAUAACCUGCAGCAGAUCACCUUAGGAACAAACAAGGUUAUUGAUGGUUUAGACGCAGGUCUUCUGGGGAUGUGUGUUGGAGAGAGGAGGACCAUCUUGGUGCCACCUCACUUGGGACAUGGAGAAAGUGGAGCUCGUGGCGUACCCUCAAGCGCUGUGCUCAGGUUUGACCUGGAGCUGCACCACUUGGAGGAAGGUGUCCCAGAAGGUUAUCUUUUCAUCUGGUUAGGUGACACCCCUGAGAAUCUUUUUGAAGCAAUGGACCUUGACAAGAAUGGAGAGGUUCCUUUGGAAGAGUUUGCCACCUUCCUAAAAACUCAGGCGUCCGAAGGGAAGGGACGCUUUGUGCCCGGAGUGGAACCCGACAAAUCCAUUGCCGACAUGUUCACCAACCAGGACAGAAACAAGGACGGCAAAAUCAUCGCAGAUGAGCUGAAGUUGAAGAAUGAAGAAGAGUCCGAAAAAGUCCAUGAAGAACUCUAAGCGGCCCUGGGGCCGAGUGACUGCGCAGGCAUUCAGGAGACACAGGAGUCCGGCCCAGCUGAUACAACAUCUGAUCUGAAUACGCGGCCUCCUUCAUUCCAAAUUUAUGUCUGCCUUGGGCCAUGGUUCCUUCUGCUGUUUCACCCUUUAAAAAAAAAAAAAAGCAGGGGGCAACAAGGCACUUCUCGGGAACGUGCCGCACUCGUUUCUGGCCAUGAUUUGGGUUAGUUAGGCAGCUAUGCUGAAAAGUCUCCACGGGUGUGGAUAUAACACUCGAUGAACUAUCGAACUUUCUUAUUACAAUCGCACAACCAAAUCACAAAUGUUUUUGUGGUUG